UUCUUUGUUAUGACCACAAGAGGAAUUGUAAAUGGCAGAAUUUAACAGCGAAAAAGUGGGCUUAUUAUGGGAUUGUGCCAAUGCCCUUACCACUGAAACCCACACAGAGCGGCUUCUCAAGUCCUACUACAUCAACACCUGUCGUAAGCUGGCCAGGCACAACACACAGUUACCUGCAGAUACCUUUGGCCCGGCACGUAUGUGCGCACGUUGUGGAAAUCAGUGGAGUGAUGGUAAUAACCAGCUGCAUUUAAGGCCACAGAGACUAACUGACCGUGCCAAAUAUCGCAAGCUUGUGGCCAAAUUGGACGCAACGGAUAAAGACAAACAGUUGAAGGGAACGCUGUCUACGAAGCAACGCAAGCGCGCCAAAUGGAUAAAAAAACGCCUGGCCAGCAAUGUGGAAGUCAACUGUUUUUGCGGGCACAAGACAUUUCUGACGUUGGAGAAGCCAAAGAAACCUGAAAAGACUACGCGAUCUGAGAAAAACGCACCUAAAACAAAAGCAGCUGAACUAAACAAAAAAUCCAAGAAUACGAUUAUAAAUACGAAAUUGAAAAAACCGAAGUCUGAAAAACAAAAAACUCCACUCAAACCCACAGCAAGUGCCUUGGUGUCUCAUUCCCCGAAAAAUCCACCAAAAAAGCUAAAGAAGGAAAUUCCUCAAAAAAAUGGUGCAAAGGCCAAUAAGAAGAAAAUGGUAGCUCCACGGCCGACCGCAAAAGACGCCUCAAAAACGCAGUCAAAAACCCAAAAACAAAACGCGUUGUUGCAGCUGGCUGCACAGUUAAAAACGCAAGCGACUAAAAACGCCAUGAAAACGCAACAAAGUCGCUUAGAAGCAUUUUUAAAGUAGCGAGCCAAAUACAUUUUUUGCAUCUUCUUUA